AGUAUAGAUCUGAUAAAUCUACAAAGAACAGUUAUAACCCCGAGGAAAGUAAUAAUAAGUGACAACAUAUAUGUAACUGAAACCAUUUUAAAGUUGUAUUAUUAAAUAAGGAUAUGCUUUAGAAAAAGCAGAAAAUUGACAAGUCUGCCGAAAUAAUUGGAAUGUGUGACUAUCAUAGACAUAUUUUAAUAAAUUAAUAGAUUGUAUUAAUCGUAUCUGCAGAAUAAUUCCUCGUCAUCUAGGAAGAAGUUUCACAAUAGUCAUGUGACUCAUUUUUACUGCAACUGGGAAAUUCCUCUAACGCAAUCUCCAUGCCAGCAGAGAACAGAGGCUGGGCAAAAAACAGUAUAUAAGCAGGAAUCAACAGUCCUCACACACAGCGGAAAUCAACAAUCCUUUGGAACUCCAGCUCACAGAACUAGACCUGAACAGGCCAGCAAAAAACUCCUGUCCAACCAUGAACAGCAAACUCGUAGCUGUCCUGGCUCUUUUCCUGAUCUCAGCAGCUGUGUCUCAAGGCAGGACUCUGGCAAGGAUGGGAACCGAGCUGCGGUGCCAGUGCAUAGCCACUCAUUCCAGGUUCAUUCCCCCGAAAUCCAUUCAAGACGUGAAGCUGACACAGAGCGGCCCCCACUGCAAGAACGUUGAAGUCAUAGCUACUCUGAAGGAUGGCAGAGAGGUGUGCUUGGAGCCCACUGCUCCUUGGGUACAGCUGAUUGUAAAGGCAAUUUUGGCCAGGGCUCAACAAAAUUCUGACUCUCCUCUCUAAGAAGCACCAGGACAGAAAAAAUCUGGGAACUGCUUCAGCUCCUCUGUCAAGAGAAAUGUUUGGGGAAAGCAUCAUUCAAGCAAUGCACCAUCUUCCACACCCCACAUUAGUAUUAUGAUGUUAAUUAUUGAUGGGGUUUUUUAUUUAUUUAUCUAUUUAUUUAACUGUGUGUAUUUAAGGAAGUCUUUUGCUAUGGUCAGUGUUGUCCGUGGGACAUGCUGCCCACUGUGUGACACUGAAGGAAAAGUGGUUUGCUGAAGGAGAUGGAGACCCCUUGGCAGCCACUUUAGCCAAACAUAUGCAGUGAGGUGCAAUGCACCUGCAGCACAGCUUAUUCACACUAAGCCUGAUAAUUUUGCUAUUUCACCAGCAAACCGAUGAAUCCUCCUGCUCCCCUGGAGCGCGCCAGUAUGUUGUGUCAACAACAGCUUCCUGCACCACGGUCAGCCUGUGGCCAGACUGUGAACUGUGAUGUCUCACUUGAAAAACCUAACCCACAGAAUGUGUAACACUCUAUUUAGUAUUUAUGUAUUGUGAUUUCCAUAGUAUUUAUAAAUGUAUUUAUUGAGCAGUUGCUAUGUAAGAAAGCAAAGAGUUAUAACUUAUUUAAUUUCUACUGGAUUUUUUGUUCCUGCUAUCUGUUUCUGGAGAAAUAUUCACAAUCUCAUUACUCUGUACUUGAUUUUAUGUCUACUUAACAACUCCAUCAGCUAAUGGAAAAAACAGCAUUUUACAUACCUAGAGUUUGAUUAUGAGAGUGUAAUUAUUCCUAAAAAUGUACUAUUAAAUUUUUUAUAUAUAAAAAAA